AUGUCGGGCAAGUCGGUCGCUUCGGGCAGCAUGCGGUCGUGCGCGGGCUCGGUGCGGCUCGGCACGGGCAGCGGGCACGAGGUGGUGCUGGAUGCGCUCUACGAGCGGAAGCGCGACAAGAAGAGCGUGCGCGUCCUCACAGUCAUCAUUUACGUGUUCUGCGUGUCGCUGGCCGCGAUCAUGCUCUCGCUCUACUACGUCUUCUUCUGGGAACCCAAGGACGCGCACUAUGCGCAGCGCAAGGUGUCUCACUCUGUAGACCAGCAAAUCAGCACCACACCAAUGCCCACAUGCUUUUUGCCCCACACUGGAGGAAGCAAUACCUCAGUGAACGAGCUAGUGACGACUAUGCCGCUGGCUGCCGAGGUUGGUGAAGACUUCGUUAACGCUAGUGGGAGCCCGGUGUCUGACCUGGACGUGGUGUUCAGCGACACUGGCGCCACCGCUCUCUACAACGACACCACGGACGAUGGACCCAAUAACAACACCGGCACACUCACAUGACAUUUACAUACAACUUACACUUAAUAUUAUGUAAUAAUUUAACCAACCAAAUUAGGCUCUUCAUAUAAGUAGUGGUCGUUACUAUUUGCUCUGAUUAAAUACCUAGUCAAAGCAAUAUCGUUACAAUAAUAUAUCAAUCGUUGUCAAAUGAUUUAACGCCCAAAUUCCUGCAAAAUGCAAUAUAGUACUAUGUAAUUGAAACUGAAACACCAAUAUUGUUCUAGAAUAAACAUAAUCUAUUAUAGUAACCAAACCAUCACCAUACGAUAGCUGCAAAAUAAGCGCCAUGGUCUAGGUCUAGGUAUUGCGCUACGAGUAUGUGAAUGUGAAGUCAAUAUGGUACUGUCGUGAUUUAUCACGACAGUACCAGGUUACUUCGGUUAGGUAAAUUUUUACAUGUACCUAACCAUAGCUGUAAAGUAGUUACCUAAGGUACCACUGUUACAAACUGUGGUACCUUAACUGUUGAGUAAUUACCUAGGUAACUACUUCACAGUCAUAUUAAGUCCUAAUAUACAUAAGAACCUCCCUAUUUUUAAUAUGAGUGGCCUAGAUUUACCUAAACUCGUAUUCCUAGCUAUUUACAAAGUCCUAGAAAUUUACACUAGGUGUUGUAUUGUUGGUUAACUUAGGUAUGUAGGUACUUCAUCAUUUAAUAUUUAACGUCAGUUAUAACGACCAUUUUAUGUAAUAUAUUUUAUCUCAUCUUUGAUGCUGAUCUCAUUUAGCGCUAAGAAAAAUGAAAAUAAUUCCUAGAAUGUGCAGUGUGCAUUAACUUUCUAAGUCUAUGGUAGUUUACUUGCCAGCAUAUUUACUUAACUAAUUACUUUCAAAAUUUUGAACUCCUUAAAACUCAUUAUAACGUCCAUUAAUUUAUAGCUAUAGGGAAUAUUUAGCCGUGAUUUAGCCUGUAAAUGCAAGAGGAAUGAAUGGCCAAGCCCAUUCCGCGAGCAUAUAAGGUGAGUGAGUGAUAUUCUGUGGUGAUACGAUGAACAGUCAAACAGUGACAUACACGCGUAACGUUUGUUUGGGCAAUUUUUUUAUGCAGACAACAAUAUGCUAUCUCCGAAUAAAUACGUUUAUGUCUAAGAGAUGCUAAAUUAGAUACUUACUGCUAUUAUUAUUUGUAGAUCUAAUAUUCUGCCUAUCGAUACCUACAAGCUAUUUUGAUGUUUUUGUACGUAAGAUAAGUAUAGUAUUGUAAGUAUAUAACAAAUAAGUUAAAGUUGAUAUAAAGAAUCAUUAUGAACUUA